AUGAGGCAUUCUAGUAAGCAGCAGCAACAGCAUGAAAAAUUUGUGGCAUUAAAGGAGGCGCCAGCAUACCUGCCAAUGUCUGCGGAUGGCUUGUCUGUCGAACGCCGUGAGGCCAUAAUCGCCACCGUCGUCGCCAAAGUCGCGUUCUUAUUGGGCGGUUUGGAAGAAGUAGAGCUCGAAUGUCGCGAACUGCAAAUACCUUUCCAAUUAUGCUUAGGAUCGGCCGUAGAAUGCUUGCCAAAGGUGGUGCAAUCGCAAAACAUCAGUGCCGUUGUGUGUGAUUUUACGCCGUUGCGCGUCCAAACACAGUGGGUGGAACAGGUGAAAGCGGCGCUACCUGCAGAUGUACCUUUCACACAAGUAGAUGCACACAACGUCGUACCACUAUGGGUGGCCUCUGACAAGCAAGAAUAUGGAGCUCGUACUAUACGUGGAAAAAUUAAUUCAAAACUAUCGGAAUUUCUCACCGAAUUUCCACCAGUAAUUAAGCAUCCUUACAAUAAGACCAUAAUGGCAAGCAGCAAGCAAGUAGAUUGGAAAGCGGCUGAAGCAUUCUUGCGGUGUGAACGUUCAGUAGAUGCUGUAGAAUGGGCAAAACCGGGCUACUCAGCGGCAUGUGACCAAUUAAAAAGCUUUUGUACGAAGCGUUUGCGCAUAUUUAGCGAAAAGCGCAAUGAUCCAACCAUAAAUGCCUUAUCUGGACUCUCACCAUGGUUUCACUUUGGUCAAAUUUCCGUUCAACGUUGUGUUCUAGAGGUAUUGCGUCACAAAUCAAAAUACAAAGCAUCUGUGGAAGCCUUUUGCGAGGAGGCAAUCAUUCGUCGUGAAUUGGCAGAUAAUUUCUGUUACUACAAUGAACAUUAUGAUAGUCUGAAAGGCCUGCACGCCUGGGCGGCUAAAACACUUGAUGACCAUCGCAAGGACAAGCGCAGUCCUUCUUACACACUAGCCGAAUUCGAGCAGGCGCGUACGCACGAUGAUCUUUGGAAUGCUGCACAGAUUCAGUUGGUUCGCGAAGGCAAAAUGCACGGAUUUCUGCGCAUGUAUUGGGCGAAAAAGAUAUUGGAAUGGUCUGCUACACCCGAAAUGGCUCUAGAAACCGCCAUUCUUUUUAAUGAUAAAUAUAGUUUAGAUGGACGAGAUCCGAACGGCUACGUAGGUUGCAUGUGGUCAAUUGGCGGUGUGCACGACCAAGGUUGGGCCGAACGACCAAUUUUCGGAAAAGUGCGUUACAUGAAUUAUAAAGGUUGUCAACGAAAAUUCGAUGUUGCUGCCUUUGUAGCGCGUUAUGGUGGCAAAGUAUAUAAAUCAAAAUAAAAGUAUUUAUUGUUUUAAAAACAACUACAUAGUAGUACCUAGGUAGUCCUCUAAGCUGUUGCUUGAAUUGUUUUUGUUAUUAAAUCCCAUUUACUAAUAUGCACGCCGAAUCUCGAAGAAACAUCUACAUACGUACCUACAAAAAUUUGAACCUUUCAAUCUAAAAAUAUUUUUGUACACUAUUUUUAUAAAUUUUUGUCUUGUGCUAUCAGAAACUUAAUAAAGAAUAAUAGAAA